AUGGUGAGACCAGUCAUUGCAACAUCAACUGUGAUUCCAAAUCAUUCUGUGCAAGAAUCUUGCUUGAUGAUCGAAUAUGGCAAGCCUUCUGUGCAUAGCGGAAGGAAAAGAGUUGAUCAAAGAAAGCCUUCUUGUCCUGCGAACCGGGAGAGAGAUAUUCUAAAACAAGAUUUGGAGAUGUUUUGGGCUUACCAUAAUUCCACUGGGUUGCAGGAAAAGGUUGAUUUACCUCAUACGAGGAUCAAACGAGUUAUGAAAUCCAAUCCUCAAGUCAAGAUGGUCGGUUGGAAUAGUCCUGUUCUUUUGGCUAAAGCUUGUGACAUUUUCAUUCAGGAGGGUAUGUCGCCACAAGGUGUCGUACAUGGGCAACUGAAUACACCUGCAAAUGUGGAUGUGCCGAAAAUGAAAGCUCCGAUUGAUAUAGACCAAAUUCAGCAGCAAAGUCUUUACAAUCUAACCGCUGAUGAUUUUAUUGAGAUUGGAAAUGAAAAUUGUCUUGGUGGAAGCUGUUAUGGAAGAGAAACUCAGCUGAAAGAUGGAAAAGACAUAUGA